AUGAGUUAAAUUUCUAAUAAACCAUUUCAAAGUUAAAAUAAAGAUAAAGCUAUUCAUAUUAAUGAAAUAGAUGAAACUUUGUUAACUAUUUUAGAUAAAGAGAGCCUAUAAGAUGCCUAAAUUCCUCAUAUUUAGCAAGAGUACAGCUUUAAAAAUCGUAAAUAAUAAAUAGCUGUUGAAAUACAAUCUAUAGCUAUGGCUAAAGUAGCAGUAACUUUUUUAUAGCACAUUGAACCAUUUCAUAUUCGUGAAAGAUUUUACAGAUACAAAGCAUUACAGCAAAUCGUACCAAAUAAAUUGUAGGCUAUAAUUUAGUUUUUGAAUCCUAAGUAUAUAUUAUCAAAUAUUUUAUAUUCUACUGCUCAAUUUACUGUCAAAGAUGAGAUUAACUUUUGGUUAAAAAACAAAUACUGGGACUUAUAAUCUUAAAAUCCAUUACAUUCAAUUGGUAUUAAUUAUUUAUCUGGUUCUUUGGCAUCAGCUUUUGUAUUUUAAUUUGAAAUGCUAUAUAAUAUAAUAUGUAAACGGGCUUAGAUAAUCGAGCCUGCAGACAAAUUCUAAAGAAUCUUAGAUAGAAUUAAGUUAAAUUCUAAAUAAAUGACAAAAUUUUCUAUAUUCGCAAAUAAUAAAAUAGUUUUUAGCACAAUUUAUUUUGGUACAUUUGAUUCACUUAAUAGUAGCAUAAGAAAUAAAUAUUCUAACUAUUCUCUAUUGUAUUACUCAAUUAUUUCAUCAACUUUAGCACAGCUGUUGAGUGAUCCACUUUAAAAAGCAUCUAUUGCUUAUAUCAAAAAUUUACAACAAUAAGAGAUACAAAUUGCUAAUAAAUAUACAAAUUUAGCAAAAUCUAUGUUUGUCUUUUACUUUAAAAAUCCAUCCAAACUCUUUGAGUACCAUAAUAGAUUCUUUCACAGAUUAUUUUUCAAUAGUAUAACUCUUUGUUACUAUGAAUGGAUAAAAGGAUAUUAUAACUAUGGUAAAAUUAACAGCAUAUAUUGA